UGCAAAGCCCUUGUUUUACUGCAGUUUCUUUGAUACAAAAAUAAAAUUGUAAUUAAAUUAUGCUUCAACCGUUAUUUAUAUUCUUGAUUACUGCUCCCUUUUUCUUUUAAUAAGAAAAACCACUGUACUGUUUUGUCAGUAGAAGCGACAUCACCAUACCAUUUAAUACUACAUUGUCUCAAUAAAUUAUGAACUUCUUUACAUCUUGAGAGUGAAUGUUGGAUUUAGUCUUAAACAUUUUAAAUGUGCAGUUUGCAUUGCAUUACUCAUGGUCUACAGAAGCUCGUGCCCGGCAAGCAUUAGCUAAUGUGUCAGCUUUACUUCGCCCAGGAGGCAUUUUCAUUGGAACUAUGCCUGAUGCCAAUGUGAUUGUCAAGAAGCUUAGAGAAGCUGAAGGAUUAAAUUUCGGUAACAGUGUCUAUUGGGUGCGUUUUGAUGAAGAAUUUUCUGAUAAGAAAUUUAAAUCUUCCAGCCCCUUUGGAAUAAAGUAUACGUUCCAUUUGGAGGAUGCUGUUGAUUGUCCUGAAUGGAUUGUUCCCUUCCACAUAUUCAAGUCGUUAGCUGAAGAGUAUGACUUUGAGCUUGUUUUCGCAAAGAACUCGCACGAAUUUGUGCACGAGUAUAUGAAAAAACCGGAAUUUGUGGAGCUCAUGCGAAGACUAGGUGCAUUGGGAGAUGGAAACCAAGAUAAUAGUACACUCUCAGCUGAUGAAUGGGAGGCAGCAUAUUUAUACAUGUCAUUUGUAUUGAGAAAGCGAGGUCAACCUGACAAAAGCCAACAGGGUAGCAGAAGGGAUCGUGGGUCCAUGCACAUUGCAGAGGAAGACAUCAUGUACAUUACUGAUUACUGAACAAACUACAACCUGUUUCUCAAAUUUCUAGCAUGGAAUGGAUUAGGGCAUGAAGAUGCCAUUACUUUUGAUCUCACAAUCUUGACCUCUAGCAACCUUUUUGCUGCUUGAAUUUUUGUAGGGUGCACUAUAAAUUAUUCAAAACAAAAUUUGUACCUCCAAAUUUGUAUUAGCUUCUGGUUCUGGAUUAGACAUGUGGCAGUUUAUUUUAGCAAACUCCCUCACACUAAUAUAUUCUUCCCUGUUUCAGCAGAUGAGACUAUCAGUGAAUAUUGAAAAACCAUCCUUAUUUAGCAUUUCAAAUUUUCAAGAAAUUUAUAAUGUAUAGAAAUCGGGUUUUCUUCAUUUUCUAGGGAAGAAUAUGUUAAAUAUAAAACUUGUUUUUGAGUCAUCUCAGUUUGAUGCUGAA